UAGUGCCAUUUAUUUCCUCUGUCAUCUUGGUGAUCCGCGACGUCUCCCUCAUCAGAGUAGGGCUGAAAACCUCCAAGACUCUCAUUCAAUGCUUCUGUCUCUGCCCACGAUACUUCAAGCUAAAAAUACUCUACCGCAAUCAUGCUGAACAAUAAUGUACCCUCCGAAUCAUUUGAGCAACUCCGCCUCGUCCCGAGCCAUGUCCAACAGUCAAAACCAGCAGUUAGUCGUGACCCACAAUUCUCAGGAUGGUUACCGGCCUCGAAUCCCAUGCCAACCUUUUGGCAAACAGAUUUACAUCCGCUACAGGACCACCGCUCUACAGAGCAGCUGCCAGAGCACGUUGAUUUUGUGAUCAUCGGAGCAGGCUAUGCGGGCGUUGCUAGUGCAUAUCACAUGAUCCAGGAUGGGUCCUGUAAAGAUCUUAGCAUCCUGAUCUUGGAGGCCAGAGGCGUUUGUUCUGGCGCUACUGGACGAAAUGGUGGUCAUUUACGACCAGAUCUAUAUGGCCACAUUCCAACCUAUAUCGACAGAGCUGGCGCCGAGGCUGGCUUGGAGAUUGCGGAGUUCGAAAUCGCCCAUGUGCAUGCAAUCAAGAAAAUCGUCGAGAAAGAGGGUAUAGAUUGCGACUUCACCCUUACAAGGACGAUUGAUACUUGGUGUAAUGAAGAUUCCGCGAAGCAAGCAAAGCAGGUCUACGACCAAAUGGUAGCUCGGAACUUCAAGUACAUGGACGAUGUGAUCUUCUAUACUGGGAAGGUUGCAGAAGGGAUCUCGGGAGUAAAAGGCGCCAAGGCUGCUGCAUCGUAUACUGCUGGCACCAUGUGGCCAUACAAAUUUAUCUUGGCCCUUGCUGAGAUCCUGCUUGCUUCGGGUCAAGUCAACCUCCAAACACACACUCCAGCAACUUCAAUCUCCCCGGAUCCAAAUGGUGGCCACAUCAUUACCACUCCGCGUGGCACAACGCACGCCAAAACGGUCAUCCACGCCAACAAUGCCUAUGUCUCGGGCCUUCUCCCCGAAUACGCAAACAACAUCAUCCCAUGCAAAGGUAUCUGCUGCCGGAUUGCUGUCCCAGAAGGUCAAACAGCCCCUCUACUCAACAACUCCUACAUCAACCGCACCGCCGAUGGCACACUUUCUUACCUUAUUGGCCGCACGGAUGGAAGCAUAAUCGUAGGCGGAGCCUCAUCACUCUUCAAGCCCCACAAACCACAAUGGUACAACAAUGUCGACGACAGUAUCCUGAUCGACGCAGCCAAAGACUACUACACAAAUUACAUGCAAGAGACGUAUCACGGCUGGCAGGACUCCGGAGCAAAGGUUGACAGUAUAUGGGCUGGAGUUAUGGGCUAUUCGUACGAUUCCAAUCCGCACAUUGGCACCAUUCCGGGCCGGGAGGACCAGUUCAUAUUAGCUGGUUUUAAUGGCCACGGAAUGCCGGUCAUUUGGCUGGCAGCGAAGGAAUUAGCGUCAAUGGCAGUGCAUGGUAAAGAGUUUGAGAGCACAGCGCUGCCGCGGCUGUUUAAGACGACACAGGUUAGGAUCGAUCGGGCGAAGAAUGGGAGAGAAGAGGAUGGAGAUAUUAUUGGUACAGGAGGAUUUUCAGCCACAAAGCAAUAGAAGGUGUAACCAUAAGCCAUGAGAUCAGUUGGAAAACGUUAGCAACAAAAAUAGGGGAGUGGAAAUAAAGUUCAGAUACUUUUGCAAAGUGUGUCCAUCUGACUUUAAUGUCGGCACCAGAGGCUCUGAGUGGCUCAACGCUGAAAACCUGACUCAGGAGAUCCGAC